AUGCAUUUCACCCAGGACCAAAUGGUCUCCAAAACGAUUGAUAUUGGAUAUCAAGGCGUUUCCCUUUCGACUGAUAAUCGAGGCACAAUUCUCCAAAUCAGUACAUUCCAUCCCAAACAUGGCAUUGUGGUCGCCGAGCCAUAUGAGCAGUUCGACGGAACCAGAUUCUAUGACACGCCAUAUGUUCGGAAUCACCGGGCUCGAAUGCUCCGGUCGGUCCAGUCCGGGAGCGCUGGGUUUGGAUUGCGCUUCGAUACCGAGAUGAAGUCGCUCUCAGUCAAAGAACAUGGACUUGGACAAGCCAUCAUUGUCUUACAUACCACAUCUGGCCUUGAGAUCACGACGUCGUUAAUAGUACGAGGAGAUGGCAAAGUCAUCCAAUGCUCACAGAUCAAGUCCAAUAUAAGUCAAUCCGUUGAGAUUUCGUACUCCUUGGAUUUUGGUGUCAGCGUCAAUCGUGCUUCGUACGGGCAGUUGACUGAAGGUGGUCCCAUUCCAAUUCCAGCUUCCGAGAAUAGGAUUCAAGCUGUCGACCGAGGCCGCACGGUAACUGUCUCAAAUAUCAAUUUGGGUGCCUAUCUAUAUGGUCAGCUUGAAUGCAAUGGAGAAAUAGCAUUCCUGGGACAACAAAUCGAGAAUGGGACUUUCUUCCAGUCUCCUGCGAACGGUAGCUUCUCUGGUUCAUUUGUCUCCGUACCUGGGUCGGUCACAGAGCUGAUGGCUACUUUUGAACUCCGUCCUGGACAAUACCCAAGCUCAAUCCACGCAAAGCGUGUUAUAUUGGAAAGGGUUGGUCCUGGUUCCAUCUGGACGAGCCCGGAAACACCAGGCCGCUUUAUUGUUCGCAGAAAUCUUGAGUAUAUCCUUGGAAAUUGUGCCAUACAGCUCUCUACCGCGGCGAACGCGGUGUGUAUUCUUACAGACCAUGUGGCCUUGCCUCUGGGUUGGAUGAGGGAUAAUUAUUGGCAGGUUCGUUUCCUCAUGGAUGUUCAUCAAAAUUUGGGUGGCUUGAGGGGCAUAGAUAAGCAGACACCAUAUCAUCAGCUGAUCAAAGAUACCGCAAAGGGUCAUUUGAACUGGAUAUUCCGUCAUGCUCAGCGAUCGAAAGGUUUUUGGCAUCGGUCAUAUCUAACAACUGGUGUACCAAAGGAUGGACCAGUGUUUCAGUUGGAUCAGCAGUGCUACCCGUUGCUAGAGCUUUGUGACUUCUGGCACACUUUCCCAGAUGAGAGAGAUCAUGUCAAAGCGAUAAUGGAUGAGGAGGUGGUUUCUGAAAUACUGGACCUGAUCGAAUCAAAGGAAGACUUUUCGACAGGACUAUUUUCGACCGAGGAAACUCCAGGAGACGAUGCAGUUGAAUUUCCAUUCCACUUCUCAAGUCACAUCCUGCUGUGGCACACCACCUCCAGGCUGUCUAAAGUCGCGUCACAGCUGCCGGGAGGUUCAGCAUUAUCAGCCAGAUCGAACGCUCUUGCGAAGCGCGUCCACACUUCGACGAUGAAAUACUUCUUGAAUAUAGCGCCUGAACGGAACAUGUGCUUGUUCUCAUACCUAGUCGACGGCAGAGGUGGGAGAACCUUCUAUCACGACGCAAAUGACAUUCCGACACUAUUUGCUGCCGAGUGGGGGUUUGUUCAAACAACUCUCGAAAAACAAGCCUGGCACAACACAAUGGCAUUUGGGUUCUCGUCAGCGAAUGAAGGUGGUUACUAUCCGGUAGGGCCUUUUGGUGGGCUAGGAAGUGUUCAUACUCGUGGGCCAUGGACACUUGGGUAUUUCCAAAGAUGGAGAUAUGCCCAAAUGGUGGGAGAUGCUCAAGAGGAAUCCGCUGCCUGGCAAAAGAUUCUAGGUGUGAUGCUCUGGGACGGUACAUUCUCCGAAGCUGUCGAUGGGCAAACGGGCGAAUGCACAAGCAAAGCAUGGUUUAGUUGGCCUGGUUCCAUGAUUGGCGCUGGUCUAUUGCAACUAGGGAACAAAGAACGCUAUCUUUGA